AUGGGGCCACUUGUGAUGGGGCCACUUGUGAUGGGGCCACUUGUGAUGGGGCCACUUGUGAUGGGGCCACUUGUGAUGGGGCCACUUGUGAUGGGGGCACUUGUGAUGGGGCCACUUGUGAUGGGGCCUCUUGUGAUGGGGCCACUUGUGAUGGGGCCACUUGUGAUGGGGCCACUUGUGAUGGGGCCACUUGCGAUGGGGGCACUUGUGAUGGGGGCAAUUGUGAUGGGGCCACUUGUGAUGGGGCCACUUGUGAUGGGGCCACUUGUGAUGGGGCCACUUGUGAUGGGGCCACUUGUGAUGGGGCCACUUGUGAUGGGGCCACUUGUGAUGGGGCCACUUGUGAUGGGGCCACUUGCGAUGGGGGCACUUGUGAUGGGGGCACUUGUGAUGGGGGCACUUGUGAUGGGGCCACUUGUGAUGGGGCCACUUGUGAUGCGGCCACUUGUGAUGGGGCCACUUGUGAUGGGGCCACUUGUGAUGGGGGCACUUGUGAUGGGGCCACUUGUGAUGGGGGCACUUGUGGUGGGGCCACUUGUGAUGGGGGCACUUGUGAUGGGGCCACUUGUGAUGGGGCCACUUGUGAUGGGGCCACUUGUGAUGGGGCCACUUGCGAUGGGGGCACUUGUGAUGGGGCCACUUGUGAUGGGGGCACUUGUGAUGGGGCCACUUGUGAUGGGGCCACUUGUGAUGGGGGCCUCUUGUGAUGGGGCCACUUGUGAUGGGGCCACUUGUGAUGGGGCCACUUGUGAUGGGGCCACUUGUGAUGGGGCCACUUGUGAUGGGGCCAAUUGUGAUGGGGCCACUUGUGAUGGGGCCACUUGUGAUGGGGCCACUUGCGAUGGGGGCACUUGUGAUGGGGGCACUUGUGAUGGGGGCACUUGUGAUGGGGCCACUUGUGAUGGGGCCACUUGUGAUGCGGCCACUUGUGAUGGGGCCACUUGUGAUGGGGCCACUUGUGAUGGGGGCACUUGUGAUGGGGCCACUUGUGAUGGGGGCACUUGUGGUGGGGCCACUUGUGAUGGGGGCACUUGUGAUGGGGCCACUUGUGAUGGGGCCUCUUGUGAUGGGGCCACUUGUGAUGGGGCCACUUGUGAUGGGGCCACUUGUGAUGGGGCCACUUGUGAUGGGGGCACUUGUGAUGGGGGCACUUGUGAUGGGGCCACUUGUGAUGGGGCCACUUGUGAUGGGGCCACUUGUGAUGGGGCCACUUGUGAUGGGGGCACUUGUGAUGGGGGCACUUGUGAUGGGGGCACUUGUGAUGGGGCCACUUGUGAUGCGGCCACUUGUGAUGGGGGCACUUGUGAUGGGGGCACUUGUGAUGGGGGCACUUGUGAUGGGGGCACUUGUGAUGGGGCCACUUGUGAUGGGGGCACUUGUGAUGGGGCCACUUCCACUUGUGAUGGGGCCACUUGUGAUGGGGGCACUUGUGAUGGGGCCACUUGUGAUGGGGCCACUUGUGAUGGGGCCACUUGUGAUGGGGCCACUUGUGAUGGGGGCACUUGUGAUGGGGGCACUUGA